CAGCAAGUGACAAACGGUCCCACUAAAUAUUUCAUAAGUUUCGACAAGCAAAAUAAAUCGUUUAUAAUUGAUUAAUUGUAAAACAAUUCAUAUGUAUGUCAUGUUGCGAGCUUUAAAAACUCACGUGGAGGCCCCCAUCGUAGUUGCCACACGUGCGGCAUCAACAAAUGCGGAAAAGCUUGAGGAGAUUCGCGAACGUCUGGCAAAGGGUCCGAAUUUCCAGGACUUUGUGCAGAAUCCGGAUAACACCAGAAGCGAGUGGGAACAGUACGAUGGAAAGCUACGCCGCGAAAAGGGCGAGGAGCAGCGACUGCGACUGCCGCCGUGGUUGAAGACCACCAUUCCCGUGGGCAAGAACUACGCCAAGAUCAAGGCCCAGAUGCGCGAGCUCAAGCUGUCCACCGUCUGCGAGGAGGCCCGUUGUCCCAACAUCGGCGAGUGCUGGGGCGGCGGCGAGCAUGGCACCCAGACAGCCACGAUUAUGCUUAUGGGCGACACUUGCACCAGAGGCUGUCGGUUUUGUUCGGUGAAGACGGCACGCAAACCUCCACCGCUGGAUGUAAACGAACCCGUGAACACAGCCACGGCAAUUGCCUCCUGGGGAUUGGAUUACAUUGUUCUGACUUCAGUUGAUCGCGAUGAUUUGCCAGACGGCGGUUCGAAGCACAUUGCCGAAACUGUUCGCGAAAUUAAGGCGCGCAACUCGAACAUCUUUGUGGAGUGCCUGGUACCUGAUUUCCGAGGAAAUCUGGAGUGUGUGGAGACGAUCGCCAAUAGCGGGCUGGAUGUUUAUGCGCACAACAUUGAGACGGUUGAGAAGCUUACGCCCUAUGUGCGAGACAGGCGCGCCCACUACCGCCAGACCCUGCAAGUGCUAACCGAAGCGAAGAGAUUCAAUCCCAAUCUCAUCACCAAGAGUUCCAUCAUGCUGGGACUUGGCGAGACCGACGAGGAGAUCGAAAACACCUUGAAGGAUCUGCGGGAGGCCGGCGUCGAUUGCGUGACUCUGGGUCAGUACAUGCAGCCCACGAAUAAACACCUCAAGGUCAUCGAGUACGUCACGCCCGAGAAGUUCAAGCACUGGGAAGAGCGCGGCAACGAACUGGGUUUCCUGUACACAGCCAGUGGACCGCUGGUGCGCAGCUCCUACAAAGCCGGCGAGUUCUUCAUCACGAGUAUAUUGGAAAAUCGCAAGAAGAGGCAAAACGCCACUGAAGUUCCCAAGGAGCAGUAAGAUUGCUAAGCCUUUCUAAGUCGAU